AAAAAGCCGACUCCUACCAAUCAAAAAUAAUUUUGAAAUCGCGUUCGUUACGUGGCCGUUUACCUUCGUGCCGACUGGCAUGAAAACGGGAGUUUCGACGUCGUGAUGUGGCAGACGCAUAAUCCCGGUCCUCGCCUUGCUCCGACCGCAUACUUUUAAGAUUUUGAAGUCGAGGGGCUUUGUUUUAGCCAUGUCGCAGACUAUGAAAGGUUGACACGAGAGAAGACAGAGUGAGAGAGUGCGAGAAAGAGUGAGAAGGCGAGUCGGCGGUUUUCUGACUUUUUGAAUAAGCGGCCGAGUUUUAAAAAUGGCCUCACAAGACCAACUUAUUAAACCGAAAGUCGAGGAUUUCAACGGAGUAGAGUGGACACCGCUCAAGCUGACCCUCGUCGAAUAUCCAAAAGAUGAUCUUCUGGGUAAAAUUUUAGCAUUUUCAAGUUUAUCACCAUUGGGAAUAGGAGCAGGUUUCGUAGCCUUAAUUCUAUUUAGAAGAGAUCUACACACGAUUGUUUUCUUCAUCGGGACAAUUUUAAACGAACUGCUCAACCAAAUAUUAAAGACGAUAAUCUGUGAUCCUAGACCAAUUUUUAGAAAUAUGCAACACAAUGACUAUGGCAUGCCUUCUUCCCAUGCACAGUUUUCAUGGUUCUUUACUACAUAUGUAAUCUAUUUUGUUUUUAUAAGGUUACAUCAUAUGAAUAAUAACACUACGUUAGAAAGUGUGUGGAAAGCUGUUAUUGUUCUUGGCUGUGUGUUUUUAGCAAUCAUUGUUUCUGUGAGCAGAAUCUACCUCCAAUACCACACUUGGAAACAAGUUUUCUGUGGGGCACUUUUGGGAAUAUUAUUCGGGACAAUAUGGUUCGCAUUGACAUACCUUGUCUUCACCCCCUACUUUCCAGUUGUUGUAUCCUGGAGGAUAUCGGAACUGUUGUUGUUGAGGGACACGACGCUUAUUCCAAAUGUUCUUUGGUUUGAAUACACUAAUACUAGACAGGAGGCGAGGGCCAGAGGUCGGAAAUUAGUAUCAAUGAAAUCCCAAUGACAUCUAAUGGCCGAUGUCAAUACUCUCAUCAGGUCGUAUUGGCCCCACAAAAGGUAGCAUCGUUAUGUUCCCAC